AUGCUAGGUCGGUUAACAUUUACACUUUUGACGUGGUUGGUGCUGUUCCAUCAACUUGUCCAUUCAAGUUCAAAUCCUGAUACUAAUACCCAGGAGGAAAUAGAAUUUCCUGAUCCUAUCCCAGGGGCAGAUUUUUCAAAAGAAAUAUCUAAAGGUCUUCAUGUUGUCGAUUUUUUCAGUCCUUACUGUCCCCAUUGUAAACAUCUAGAACCUGUUUGGCAAAAAACAUGGAAGAAGUUUGAUACAGAAUAUGGUAAUCUAAACCUAACCUUUUCAAGAGUUGAUUGUAUUGCAAGUGGUGAUCUUUGUAACGCUGAGAGUAUAGAAUACUACCCAACUAUAAGGCUUUAUGGACCAGAAGGUGCAAUUAAGAAUUACCCAGAGACCGGUAAGAGGACUGUAGAGAGUUUCAUCGAGUUUGCUAGGAAAGAGGCACUUAAUCCAGAUAACUUUGCGGAAGCAAAUCUAAGAUCUACUAGUGUAAGACUAUCAGAUAAUGAAAUCAUAAAGUUAUUAGCCGGGACAGGAGAUGCUCCUUACCUUGUUUCAUUCUGGCCAACGAAGGCAAUGGAUAAUACAGAUGAUUAUGGCGAAUUUGUAGACUGUGCACAUUGCACACCAUUCCAAAGAGUAUGGAGACUACUUUCAACGCAAUUAAUGGAAGGCAACAUUAAAUCUGGUCAUGUUAAUUGUGUCGACUCUCCAGUUCUUUGUAACGAACUUGGGUUUGAGAAGUUAGUACCAAUAGAUAAUGAUUCCAGGGAAAGAGAACCACGUGUAGCUUUAAUAUUACCAAAUAAGCAAUCUAACAAUCUGUUUGUUUUCCCUGAUGAUGAUUUUGAAAUAUAUACGAAAGUGUACGAAGAUUUUGCACUUCGUUUAACCCAUAACAAUAAUGCCCCCGAUAUCUCAAAAGCAGAUAUUCUAAAAAUUAUGCAACAAGAUAUCGAUUUCGGUGACUCUAAUAAAGAAAAUAUUAACGACCAAAAGAUUCAUCUUGUGUUUUCAUAUGAUUCCCGAACUGUCGUUCCUGAAGACUUAGAUGUCUUGGAACAUCUUAUCGAACCAUUACAAGCUUUACCUAAUGUUUAUCUAUACAAAAUCAACGAAUCCAUCGUUGAUGUGACGAGGACAGGUUACAAUAAUAUGUACUCGAUUAUCAAAAACAAUGAUAAGGAUGCCGAACCAUUGACUUUAAAUGAAAACAGUUUAGUUUUAAAUUCAAUUACUCAGAUGCCAACUUUUUUCAUAUUUAGAGACGGCGAUACUACUUCUCAAGUUUUUCCAGGCUACUCAACUACAGAAACUAGAAACCCAGAACUAAUCAUGUCAUGGGUCAAGCUUUUUGCAAAACCACUCUUCUCAGAAAUGACACCUUCGAAUUUCCGCAAUUUUAUGGAACUAGAUAGAGAUGUCUUUAGUACAAUUAUAUUACUGAUUGCUAAUACGUCUGACCCAAAUUUUAUCAAAUCUAGUUCAGGUUACUUAAGAAAUAUUAAUGUUGCUGGUUACGAAUAUGAACAUGAAAGAUUAGAAGAAAUGUAUGAAAAUGUAAUAGCAGAACGCAGAGAAAAGAAAGAAUAUAUUCAGCACCUACGUAAUAAAAGCGCUAAACCUGAUAAAAUUGUUGACGCUACAUUAUUAGACGUCGAUCAUGUCAAUAAUUUACGAUUAUCUCUUGCAUAUUACGACAUUGACAAAUAUGAUGAAACCAUGUCAUGGAUAAGGACACCUAUUCUGAAGGGACCUCUGAAGGCAGGUGAGAUUCUUAUCAUCGACAGAACUGAUGGAAGGGUCUUCCAAUUUGAUUCAUCUGGCAAUGUUAUUAAUAGUGAUUCCCCAUCUAGUUUAAGAGACAUUUUUCUGUCUGUUUCAUUACCUGGAAGAACAAGCGUUAUUACACCAGAAUUCAUGUCUAUGAUUGUCACAAUUAAACGCACGACAAAGAUGACUUCAUUAUCACCAACACGUAUGUUGUAUUUAAUUGUUGUGGUUCUAUGUUUCCUAAUCGUGACGAGAUCAAAGAAGCUUUACAGAAAAUACAGAACUAGAAAGUUAUAUAGAAACAAAAGGGAUACAAUCGGUUUGUUAGGGAAAGAAGUGCUUCAAGAUUAA